AUGAACAUCAUAAAAAUAGAUAUAGAUAAGAGUUGGAUCUCAAGGCCACGAGGUAGUAUCGAAUACAAAGCCGGGUUGAACAAAUUUUUGGAUUUCGCAUUUGCAAAUGCAUCAUCCGAUGGGAUGAUACAUUGUCCAUGUCCUUCGUGUGGGUUCCGGCUAUUCCAAACUAGAGAGGAUGCUUACGAUCACUUGCUGUUAAAACCGUUUCCUGCUAAGUAUACUUUUUGGUUACAUCAUGGGGAGAGACGCGUAGGAGAGAGUUCUACUGAGACACAGGAAACUGACCCUGGUAGCGUCUAUCGAGAUCCAAUGCGCGACAUGGUUCGUGAGGCAUUCAACUUUUCAGAUUCUGUUGUCGAUGAAGAUGACUCGAGCAACAAAGAUUUUGAGGGGGAUGCCGAAGAGUUGCCUUAUUUGUAUAGCGAACCUAGUUCAGCGGCCCAUCAUUUUGAUGAGCUGCUUGAGGAUGGAGAGCAGGAAUUGUAUUCGGGUUGUGCGAAAUUCUCGAAGUUGUCUUUCUUGGUCAGGCUAUACCAUAUAAAGUGCAUGUGCGGCGUGAGCGACAAGGCAUUCGGAAUGAUACUAGAGUUACUGUGUGAGGCCUUUGAGCAUGCAAAGAUUCCGGCUUCACUGCACGAUGCCAAGAGGAUCAUACGAAAGCUCGGUAUUGCGUACAAGAAGAUAGAUGCAUGUCCGAAUGACUGCAUGCUAUAUCAGGGCAGCGAUCAAAUACUGUCUAGGUGCAAGAUAUGUGGGACCUCGAGAUGGAAGCAAAAGACUAGGAGGAAUUCCAUUAUCCGGAUCAAUGUGGUUGUUAAGAAGAAAGGGAAGCCGCAGGCGGCGAAGGUUCUUCGGUACUUUCCCCUUGUUCCACGACUGCAGCGGAUGUUCAUGUCCAGUAAGACAUCUGUUGACAUGUUGUGGCACAAGAAAGGUCCUAACUCGGAUGGUUUUUUGAGGCAUCCACGAGACGGAGAGGCAUGGAAGGCAUUUGAUAGAAGAUAUACUCACUUCAGUGGCGAUCCACGCAGCGUUCGCUUAGCCUUAGCUAGCGAUGGCUUUAAUCCCUUCGGAAAUCUCAGCUCAAGGUACUCGAUCUGGCCCGUGAUUCUCAUCCCCUACAACCUGCCCCCAUGGAGUUGUAUGAGACCCAGCUCUUUCUUGUUGUCUAUGAUUAUUCCUGGUCCCAAGAUGCCUGGUAAUGACAUAGAUGUCUACUUACAGCCGUUGAUAGAUGAGUUGAAGCAGCUGUGGCGUGGUGUUGAUACGUACGACACUAGUGAGAAAAAAACAUUCAAGCUGCAUGCUGCGUUGAUGUGGACAAUCAGCGAUUUUCCAGGGUUGGGCAACUUAUCUGGGUGGAAUACGUACGGUGGAAGAGCAUGUCCUACGUGCAACCUGGAUGCCGAGUCUAAGCGACUCACGUUUAGUCAGAAAUGGUGUUUCAUGGGUCAUCGGCGCUUUCUGAAACAAAGCCACAGAUUUCGGCAGGACCGGGUCAGAUUUGAUGGGAAGGUAGAGGUCAGAGGACCGCCUGUAACAUUAUCGGGUGGAGAUAUUUUGAGACAGUUGGAUAAUGUGCAUGUCAAGCUUGGCAAGGUGCAAACGGAAGCCGGUAAAAGAGCGCGCGGACAACAGGCUGCAUUACAAGACGAGCCUCCUUGGAAAAAAAGGAGUAUAUUCUUUGAACUCCCAUAUUGGGAGUAUAAUUUGUUGCGUCACAAUCUGGACGUGAUGCACAUAGAGAAAAAUGUGUGCGACAACAUUAUCUAUACGAUACUGAACGAUAGUGGUAAAUCCAAGGACAACCUCAAAGCUCGAAAAGACCUCCAGCUGAUGGGAAUUAGGCAUGAACUCUGGCCACGAGAAGAUGGAAAGUAUCCCACUGCAAUAUUCUCCAUGUCGAAUUCACAGAAGGACGUUUUUCUUAGGAACUUAAAGAAUGUCAUCUUUCCAGAUGGUCAUUCAAGCAACAUAUCUCGCUGUAUUGACCUACAACAGCGAAAAAUAUCCGGCUUGAAAAGUCACGACUCCCACAUUCUCAUGGAACAUCUUCUCCCAAUAGCUAUCAGGAAUGUAUUGGAAGCCCCAGUGGCAGUCGUCCUGGCUGAUUUGUCAACUUUCUUUAGACGACUAUGCAGUAAAUCUAUAGACCCUGAACAACUUCCUCUCCUACAAGAACAUGUGAUCCUCACUCUUUGUCAAAUGGAAAUAAUUUUUCCACCAUCUUUCUUCACAGCCAUGGUACACCUAACCGCGCAUCUGGUCGAAGAGGUACGCCUAGGGGGCCCGGUCCAUUAUAGGUGGAUGUAUCCAAUUGAAAGAUAUCUAGAUAACGUUGAAAGCAGGAUCAAUCAACCAUUGCGUGUUGAUGAUCGACCGAGCGAAGGUGCGACUAAUAACGCGACAAGCAUGUUCCCACUGAUUGGCAAAGUGGUAGGGGCUUCCGAGAGUUUGAAUCUGUCACCAACCGAGAGACUUCAAGCACAUCGUCACGUAUUGGUCAAUUGCGCAACUGUGGAGAAUUUCUUAGAGGAUUUUAGGGCUAGUACAAAAAGACAGCUACGAAGUAUUGGCAAAAGAAACGAAGCCUACAUUGACAGGGUUGUCCAUAGAGAAUUCGCCGAGUGGUUCAAGAAUGAGGUGAAUCUUCUGUAUGGCUCUUCCAUUUAUAUUUUCGUUAAUAUCUUGCCUUCUCCCACUCAACUCUGA